AGAAACCGGCGUGCCUCGGCUCAGUCCUCGACCAUCAGCCAGCUGUGUGAGUGAUAGUGAUAAAGUAAAUUGUACCCAGAGUAAAGGAGAUAAAGUUCAAAAUGUCUGCAUCUCCGAUCGCAAGACAAGCGACCAACAGUCAGGCGAUACCUUCGAGGAGAGUCCUCAUCACAGAUCCGGCGCAAAUGCCUGAUGUAUACUCCAGUACACCUGGAGGCACUAUCUACUCUACCACACCUGGAGGAACUCGUAUAGUCUACGAAAAGUCAUUUAUGAUGUCGCUACGACAGUCGCCGAUAUCGCAGACUCCUCCAAAGUGUGCAUUACCGGCUGCCAUGUUAAAGAACCCACCGACUUCUCCGUCACAGGUGCUACCUGUGCCAAAACCACGCUCGAAUUCCAUCUCCUUCGAUGAAUCCCAGGAGACAUUCAGUAUGGAUCUCUAAUUAGUUUUAGUUUGUGCCAUAGGGUAGAGGAAAGAGAUUGGUAACGAAUCGCCAAAAAACCAGAAAAGCGAAGCCACUUGCCUUCCAUAUGACUGACCUUGUGACUAUAGGUACUGUGAUCAUUGUUACUGCUAUAAUUGCUAAAGCCUACGAAAGUUAUGUUAAAAUAAUUAGUUUUAGCUAAAGUUUCUUGACGAUCAAUAAUAUCAAUGAUCACACUGACUGCAUCAAAGGUUGGUGAUGGAGGUGGCUUUUAAUUUAUGAACCUUUUGUAUGUUAAAGCUUCGUUCAUCUUUUUCUUUUAAUUUAUGGUUGGUGCUAUAUAGGUUACUGCUUACUGUAGUUUUAAGUCCUGCAAAGGGUGUCACGUUGAAAGGAACAUUCUGUUCAUUUGGGUUGCUGCAGUGGUACGAUUUCGAAUUAAAUUUUGGAAGAAAAUUUUACUAUUGUUUUUGCUGAAUUAAACUAAAUUGACAAGAUUAAAAUUAGUGCAAUCUUUUUCGCAAACCAAGUGAAAAAGUAUGACUCGAGGUCAUGUAAUUUACACUUAAUAUGCGCAACAGAAAUAAAAAUAUUCGCAUACAGCAUUUUUACAAUGUAUUUUAAUUAUUUUCUAAAAUAAUUGAUUGAAAUCGUUAAUAUGGAAUUGAAAAUGAAAGUUUUCUAGUCAUAGUAAUUAAUUACAAUGACGGAUUUUUUGGAGAUUUUAGGCUAUCAAUUGAUAAAGUGACAUUUAAAUAUUUCAAUUUAAAAAGAAAUGGACUAACUAAUAAGUUUGACAAAAAAUAUACAAAAUAUGUAUUAAAACAUAUUAUUGAUGUAAAAAAGCGUGACUGAAACGUUUUGCGUUGGAAACGCAAUCCUUUGCCGUAAAAAAGGUUAAUAAUUUUAAAUUCUAUACAAAAAACUAUUCAAUUAUUGAUGGAAUGGUUGUUGAGUGCAAUGGAUAUUUAUUGACAAAGCUUGGAGAACUAUAUGGCCUUGUUACUUGUUUACCGACUACACAAUGAACUUCUUAUUGGAACGCAAGUGACUCAUACUGUAUUAUUAGAAGGACUGCUGUAAAAAUAUAAGACGAAAAUAAUACGUACUAUGAUUUGAAGCAUUACUAUCUGAAUCGCCACCUGUAUAAUGUCUGUAAUUGAAUUAAAACAGAACAGUUGACUUAACCAUUGCUUUUGACAUAGAUCGUCAAUCCGUUUUUGAUAUUUAUUGUUGAAAAAAAUAAUUAAAAACAAAAGUAAACUAGCUUGAGUUCACGUCACGUCACGUUCACGAUUUCGUCACUUUAUACAAAUAAUAAUAAAUAUAAUAUGUAUGUCUGUGGUGUCCCACAGGGAGCUACAUUUGGACCUAUUUUCAUCAGUAGUGACGUGUGCUUACUGUCUAUUCAAAGUGUAACAGAUUGUAACAAAUAUCAAGGUCAUGAAAUAAAAAUAAAAAUAGAUGUAAUAAUCAAUGAGAAAAAGGCAAAGGAUUUAUUAUGUAAAUAAAUAAGACUAGGCGUUUAACGCACAUUAUAGUUAUAGAUGAAUGAGUAUUUUCUCUGUAUUUUUAUAAGCAAGUGCCAUUAUAUUGUAGAAGAUAAUUUUAAGAUAAUUUUACUUCUCAUAAUGGCGUUGCAAAAUGCGUAAUCUCAAGUAUGUGAGAUAAUAGUUUUAAGGAUUAUGUGUUAUUUGUAGGUAUUUUUUUGAUGUAGUAGAAAUAGUUAUAACUGUUCUUCGAAAAUUGAAUUCAUUUCCAUAAGAUGUAGACAUAAAGUCACUGCCUUCUUUAGUUUUGCAAAUUUUUUAUUUUAUUUUGUGAUUACAUAUAUAAUACUACUCUUUAAUUUCGGAGUACUGAGCAUUUGAUACUGUUAACCAUCAUCAACAUAAUUGUUGUAAAGUUGAAAUUAGAAUGACACUUCAUAAGGUCGUAAUCGACCUUAUGAAUAUUCGUCCUGAUUUUAAUUUUUAUUGGGGAUUAAAACUAUGCAUUUUGAAUGAUCAUGUAUCAACUAAGGGUUAAAGUCUUGAGAUAAAGUUAAUAAACGUGAUUUAAUAAGGAUUUGCCACCUUAACGCAAUUACUCCAUUGUCACGAUUGUUAACUUGAAGACUCUCGGCUCAGAAAUUUAACAAUGAAGUUAUUAAUAUUUGUAUUCUUCUAUACGUUAACUAAGUUGCUAUUACUAAACGUCAUACUUACGAUACAAAAGGCUUGUUCCAGUACUAUUACGCUUAACAAUGCGAGGGUGAAUGUAUUACGCAAAUUAAAUUUGCAUACACAUUAACAUUUCAAACAUUAGCUUAGUUUAUCCGUUCCAAAAUAUUACCUAAUCCACAUUUUAGGGUUCAAAUCUUAUAUAUAAAAAUAAACCCCUAUUUCCCCAGGUCAUAUAACUUGAGAAUGACUGGACCAAAUUGUAUAAUUUUUUUUUCUUGUGUUUGUUAUUGUUAGGACAAGGUUUAUAUGAAAGAUUUUUGUUUUGGAAAAUCCACGGGGGAAGACAGUCUCGGGGUGCGGAAAAAAUCGCGGGCAAGAGCUAGAGGUCAAUAAAUAUAGAAACACAGUAUCGUGAUAUUUGUCCCUCUAUUCCUUCUUCUCUCAAUUUAUGGCUUUUUCUAGUGCCUAAUCAGCACAAUGCACUACGCCAGUCUCAAGUAACUUGAAGGAGGCACGAGGGAGACUGGCCGGUAAAAAUGUGCCGAUUUUCUUAUAAUAUAGGUAGAGGUACUGGAUGGAUGGGUUAAAAUAAAUCAUGUAACGUUCUUAACGCUUAAAAUGAAUAGUAGAUUGAAAAGUAAACUGUAUAUUAGUGACAGGAUCACAAUAUAUUUUACUGAUAUUUACUGGCUCUUUGAACGUUUCAGGAUUUUAUGGAUAUUUUGCUUAGGAACUGGUACUUACUUACUUUAAGUAUUUCUCUUCAGAAACUAUAGUAUCUGCUUUAUAUUACUAUCGGAUAAAGUAUUUUUCCAGACUUAAAUGUUUGGGAAGUUUCUAUGUUUAAGAUUGAUGACUGCAAUUUCAAGUCUUGUUAAAGUUAAAAAAUGUUGAAAUUUAUUACGGUAAGGGGUACUUUAUUGUUCAUUAUUUUUAUAAAUAAUACGUUGUUCCAAAGCAUUUAUGAAUAAGAAGUAAAAGUGAAGUGUCUCUGUAAAUUCAUGAAAGUCAAUUCUAGGUACUUACCUUACUUUACAGUACAAAUAUUUACAGUUGACCAAGUAUAUGUACCUAUCUACAAAACUUAUAAAUCAUACAGGACAAAGAUACUUCACCUUUUUAUUGUUGAUCUAUUGUGUGUUUCGAUAUUAAAAAUUGACUGCCUUAUUACUGAAAAAAUAAAAAUAUGUUAAAAAUA